UCUCACGCGAUUGCAAAAAAGUCUUUAUUCUCGCUGCCUCCUCUUCAAGUGCGACCAGAGCCGUAUUCGUCACCAACAGAAAAGAGAUUAAUCAUCGGCCGCGGCCAAAGAUUGCGUGUGUCGUCACAGUAAACGGUGGUUGAGGACAGGAUGGAUGCCGGGUUGAGCGACCAGUUGAGUCUGCUUACUAAACAAAGAAGGGCAACGAACGGAGCCACCGCCCUGGAACAACAACAGCAGCACCAGCAGCAACCGAGGCCGUACCACAGUACUGGAUUGCCCGACUGUCCACCGAACGGUGCCGGCAUACCAGGUACGGUGAUGGUGGGCAAGAAGAGUGGACCGGCGGUGCCACCGAAACCACGCAAAGGUUCCCAGCAACAGGUCCCACCGCAGGUCCCUAAAAGCUCCAACGUGAAGCAGUAUUGUGAGCCCUCGUUCUCGACCGUCCUUCAGGGCCAGAGCAACGCGCUACUCGAUGAGCAUGCGUACACGAACGUAGUAGGCAAUGGUGCGACGGCGGCGGCCCAGGCAACGACUGGAGCAAGCCCCAUCCCCGGUGGGCUAGUGGGUAAGAUGGGCGUACGGAAGGUGACGCUCGAUAAUGCGCUCGAGCUGCAGCAACAGAAAGAAGCCCUCGAGCAUCACAAGCGCGUCAUGGAGGACAAACUAAAACAUGCUUCCUCGUCGCAGUCGCAGGGCUCGUCGGCAACUGUUUAUGAAAAUGCGCAGCAGGCGGCGUACGUUAGUGGUGGCUAUGGAUCGGAUGCCACGUACUCAAACCUUCCACCUGGUGGUGCUGCUGGUGCGCGUGGUAGCGCGAAAGGCACGAUCAACAACGAUGGUCUUAUAUAUAGUAACAUCCUGCACAGUAGCAGCAAUGUCCCAUCGAAAGCGUUCCCACAGCGUCAGGUAUCGGAAGAACUGCCACCACCACCGCCACAGGACAUGCAGCAGGGCAUUCCAUUAACGCUGAAUGCACUUACUCUGGAGGAUAAUGACGAAGAGUUUCCACCCCCACCGAGCCCAGUCAGUUCAUCGUACAGUGAGCUACGGCGAGCGACCGAUCCACCGGUUGGCCAUCACCAUCACCACCAUCUGGGACGACAGGCACAGCCAACGUACAACAUGGUUGGCCCCGGUGCCGUUGGUGGUUGUCCACCGGGAGGGGCACAGAGUACGUACAGUAAUUUGGGUCCCGGAAGUCAGAUUUAUGCCAACAACAUGCCCCACCAUCACCACCUUCAUCAGCACCAGCAAUCGCUGUACGGUACUUAUGGUGGCAUGAGCUCGCAAGGAUCGACCACGUACGAGUCGAUCUACGAACCGAUCAAUCCACGUCCACCGAGCCAGAUGUCCGGUCGAUCGAACUACUCGCUCUACGCACCGUAUGUCAACUCGCACGGAAUCAACAGCUCGAACGAUAGCAUUAUCACGAGCGCCUCGCAGCAGCAACCACAAUCGCACCAUCUCGGGCACCAUCAUCGUGGUGGUGUACCGAAGGAAACCGAGGUGGACACACUGACCGAUCUGUUGGUGCAAUCGAUGGAUGGUACGCAGGAUGUGGACUCGUACGGAACGUGCGUCAAGUGUGGUGAGCGUGUGGUGGGUGAGAACACGGGCUGUACGGCGAUGGACAAGAUCUAUCAUAUCACCUGCUUUACUUGCCAGCAGUGUCAGAUUAAUCUGCAAGGCAAACCAUUCUAUUCGCUCGAUGGAAAGCCAUACUGUGAGGAAGAUUAUCUGAACACGCUCGAGAAGUGUUCCGUCUGUCUGAAACCGAUCCUCGAGAGGAUCCUACGAGCCACUGGUAAACCGUACCAUCCGCAAUGCUUCACCUGCAUCGUGUGUGGCAAGUCACUCGAUGGCAUCCCGUUCACGGUCGAUGCGACCAAUCAGAUACAUUGUAUCGAAGAUUUCCACAAAAAGUUCGCUCCACGUUGCUGCGUAUGUAAGCAUCCGAUCAUGCCGGAACCGGGCCAGGACGAGACGGUACGGGUCGUGGCACUUGAUCGUAGCUUCCAUAUCAACUGCUACAAGUGCGAGGACUGUGGGCUGCUGCUGUCAUCCGAGGCGGAAGGGCGUGGAUGCUAUCCGCUCGACGAUCACAUUCUCUGCAAAAGCUGCAACGCCAAACGGGUGCAGACCCUCACUAGCCAUAUGACGACGGAGCUGUAAACAGCCAUUCCAAUCCGCGUUCCAAUCCUAUUAUUGCGGCUUCGCGCAGAAAAACAGAAGAUCAGAAUCAGAAUAGCCAGGCAGGCAGGCAGGCAGCCAGACACGAACGAAAACGAAACUGCAAACGAAUAGUCAAAUUUUAGGCGCACGAAUUGAGUAGCUUCAAUCGAAAAGUCAGCUAGCGUAUUCUACUAGCCACGUUAUACGCACACACAUUACCAUGCACUUAAUCGCGCAUUUUAAUCAUUCGCUAUCAUUCCGCGUUUUGCGAAACAUUCCCACGUUUUUUCGCACUAGGAUAAGAUUAUUCCAUCUCGUUAGCAUAGUUAUACCGGAUCGAGGCCACCGGGGGGCCCGGGAUGAUUAGGCUGUUUUAGCUAUCUGUCGUGUGUGUGAACUAGUACCGCGUGAUAGCAGUAGUAGUAGAAGUAGGGGUAGUAAUAGCUAUAAAGCGAGAUCGAGACUUCAACGCACAAAUGGUUUAGUACGCAUAUUUAAUGCGCAACAAGCAACGAUUCGUAAUCCACGCCAUUAGGGAUAGGGUCGCCGGGGGGUUCAUUUUCGCUCAUAUGCUAGAACCGGAACAAUGCUUGACUCAAGAGCUCAAAAUUCGAUCGCUUAUUCGUUACCCCCCGCCAACCGAUAAGACGUUAAUCAGGGAGCCAAACCAACUCUCUGUCUGGUUCUCGUUUUCUAUGUGCAUUUGUAUGUGAACGGGCAAAUAAAGCAUUUAAAA